AUGGUCGUCACUUGCAGACCGGCCUUGACGCCAGCAUGGCUAACUUCGGAAAUACAGCUGUGCCUGGCGCACUACUGCGACCUGCAUGGGCCGACGCCUCUCAUGGUGACGGAGGGUCUGCCCGUACCAUGCUCACAAUGUUACGACGACACGACCGAACUCGAUCGGCCACAAAGCAACGGCCCGACAGGUCCUCACCCCUCGGUGUCUGAUGCACUACGCAAGAUGACCCUCGAUGCGACGCGCCACUCCAGCUCGCCGGCCUCGGAACAGGACGCACACAUGCACCGGGCCGCUGUACGACGGGCGACCAAACUUGGUACGAACAAGCCUGGCUCUCCGGCCGCCGUCGAAACACCACCGCAAAGCCCGCGCAAUGCGCCCGAGACCUUCGCCGAGUCGAACAAACAAGGCAGCCUGCGCCGUGAUUCCAGCUUCCGUCGCACGUAUGACGACUACGUGACAAAGCGUGCAAACCCCUGCCAGAACUGCGCCCUCACGCUGCCCAGGCGACAGGACAGCAGUAAGAAGACCGGCAUGGACAAGACUACGGGCGCAGACGAUAAGGCGGACCUACGGGGCCCAACGCUGCGGACUCGUGCCCCUUACGCGCGCGUCUACGGAGGCAGCAGUAGAGACGCCAGCCCGCCCAACUCGAACCCGCAAUCCUCAUGCACUUCCGAUGAUGACGAGGAGGUGUCACCUACAGACACCACCCGGCACGCCACGACCCGACGGCCUAACACCUCGACGUCACGCUCCAGUAUCUCGUCCAAAGCGAGCAUGACCACCCACACGCACUAUCUGGAUUAUACAAGCACCCACGAGCCGCAGAUUGCCAAUACGUACUCCAUCGUCCGUAACUCGUGCCUGCGGACGCUGUCUUUUGAGACCUUACCCCGGCGGACAGAUCACGGCUCGGCCAACUCGUCAGCCAUGAGCAGUCCGGUGUCCAGCGUUGCGCCGUCGCUGCCACCCUCCUAUACGUCGCCCCCUCUGUCCGUGAACCCGGCCUACAUCAGUGCGCCUCCCACGCCCCAGUCUGCAGCUUCCGGCGGCCCCAUAUUCUUUGGAGACUCGAUGAACGGAUUCACAACGGCAUACAUAUUCCGGAUACCUGACAUGCAUGCUCGCGGCAGAAAGCGGGUGUAUGCAUUCCUCGCCCUCACCACGCACCGGGAGAGACUCGCAAUGAAGGUAUUCAGCUACAUAUCAGCCGCUUUCCGGGACUUGGCAGCAUGGGUUCAAGACCUCGCCGAGGCAGAGGCUGAGCGCGAGCGCGAAAAGCUGGAACAGGAGGGAGGGCCGGUUGCCGGCCUCGGGGCUCAGUACGGAGGAGGCUACGAACGAGGCCCACGGGAUAGUGGAGUAGGCCUCGGGCUUGGCGGUGGCAGCGUCUCUGACCGCGACCGAGAGCGAGACCGGGAUAGCGGAAGCAGCUUCCUGACCGGUGGCGGAAGGGGUGGCUUUACGCAACGUAUGGGCAUGGGCGGGUCGAUGGGACCCGGCGGGUUUGCGCCCAAGUCGCGCGGACUGGCUGAGUUGGUGGGCCUGCCAGAUUUCUUCAUCGAGCUGCACGCGCGGUUCGUGAGAAUGCUGCUGGAGCUUGGUGUUGUUCUUGGCUCCUAA